AGUAACUAGCACGUGGCUCCCGCCCCCAGACUGCUUCUUUAUUCAUUCCUAACCUUUACCUUGGCAGGUGAAAUAUAAGAUUCAUCAACCACAUUUGACAGCCCAUGGCAGGUUUCCUGUUUCCCAUCGUCCUUCUGCAGGUCACAGACACACAGAGCCCAGCCGUGGCAGGCUCAGCCAGGGUCCGGGGCUGCUAACAACGGCUGCAUUCCUCCCCCAGGGCCAAGGGAAAUCCUGAGCGCAGGCCAGGGUUGUUUGGUUUUGAGGUGUGCUGGGAUGAAAGGCACCCUGGAAGUGGAAGGUAAAUGAACAAUGGAAAAACUUCAUGGCAAGAUUAGAAAGAUACCUGAGCCUAAUACCCGCCUGAUGUCGUGGGCCACACCUCUGGGUUACCAGGGGAAGGGAGGAAGCAAACUGUCAUAUUGAUGUGGCUCUAAACAACAACAGUGUGCGAACGCCCAGGGGCACUUUGGGAUUGACCAAGAGGAAACACAAGUUGCACAGUGAUACGAUCUUGUUGGUACAAUUGUCAGCGAAGGGAACUCCCACAGCAGAGGCCAUAAAACCAUCCAGGGCAGUCUGGGGCGGCUCAGUUCUGCGGUGCCAGGGAGUGGAGCAGAGCUCAGCCCCGUCCCAAACACAGAUGGGACCAUGAACUCCGGACACAGCUUCAGCCAGACCCCCUCGGCCUCCUUCCAUGGUGCCGGAGGUGGCUGGGGCCGGCCCAGGAGCUUCCCCCGGGCUCCCACCGUCCAUGGCGGUGCGGGGGGAGCCCGCAUCUCCCUGUCCUUCACCACGCGGAGCUGCCCACCCGCUGGAGGGUCUUGGGGUUCUGGAAGAAGCAGCCCCCUCCUAGGCGGAAAUGGGAAGGCCACUAUGCAGAAUCUCAACGACCGCCUGGCCUCCUACCUGGAGAAGGUUCGCGCCCUGGAGGAGGCCAACAUGAAGCUGGAAAGCCGCAUCCUGAAAUGGCACCAGCAGAGAGAUCCUGGCAGUAAGAAAGAUUAUUCCCAGUAUGAGGAAAACAUCACACACCUGCAGGAGCAGAUAGUGGAUGGUAAGAUGACCAACGCUCAGAUUAUUCUUCUCAUUGACAAUGCCAGGAUGGCAGUGGAUGACUUCAACCUCAAGUAUGAAAAUGAACACUCCUUUAAGAAAGACUUGGAAAUUGAAGUCGAGGGCCUCCGAAGGACCUUAGACAACCUGACCAUUGUCACAACAGACCUAGAACAGGAGGUGGAGGGAAUGAGGAAAGAGCUCAUUCUCAUGAAGAAGCGCCAUGAACAGGAAUUGGAGAAGCAUCAUGUGCCAAGUGACUUCAAUGUCAAUGUGAAGGUGGAUACAGGUCCCAGGGAAGAUCUGAUUAAGGUCCUGGAGGAUAUGAGACAAGAAUAUGAGCUUAUAAUAAAGAAGAAGCAUCGAGACUUGGACACUUGGUAUAAAGAACAGUCUGCAGCCAUGUCCCAGGAGGCAGCCAGUCCAGCUGCUGUGCAGAGCAGACAAGGUGACAUCCACGAGCUGAAGCGCACGUUCCAGGCCCUGGAGAUUGACCUGCAGGCACAGUACAGCACAAAAUCUGCUUUGGAAAACAUGUUAUCCGAGACCCAGUCUCGGUACUCCUGCAAGCUCCAGGACAUGCAAGAGAUCAUCUCCCAUUAUGAGGAGGAACUGAUGCAGCUGCGCCACGACCUGGAGCGGCAGAACAACGAAUACCAAGUGCUGCUGGGCAUCAAAACCCACUUGGAGAAGGAAAUCACCACGUACCGACGGCUCCUGGAGGGAGAGAGCGACGGGACACGGGAAGAAUCAAAGUCAAGCAUGAAAGCAUCUGCAACUCCAAAGAUCAAGGCAAUAACCCAGGAGACCAUCAACGGAAGAUUAGUUCUUUGUCAAGUGAAUGAAAUCCAAAAGCAUGCAUGAGACCAGUGAAAGUUUCCACCUGUUGUAAAAUCUAUUUUCCCCCAAGGAAAGUCCUUGCGCAGACACCAAUGAGUGAGUUCUAAAAGAUACCCUUGGAGUUAUCAGACUCAGAAGCUUUUAUUUUUUUUUUCUGUAACAAUGUCACCAGACUUCUCAUAAUGCUCUUAAUAUAUUGCACUUUUCGAAUCAAAGUGCGAGUUUAUGAGGGUAAAGCUCUAUUUUCCUACUGCAGCCUUCAGAUUCUCAUCAUUGUGCAUCUAUUUUUUAGCCAAUAAAACUCCACACUAGCUG